UACGCAUCAUGUUCAUAAAUGCAAAAAUUGGCAACACUGCAACUCAUAAGUGGUCGAAAAUGCAACUAUGCAGUAUAUUGUGCGCAAAUAGCCGCAAAAUACAAAUCAUAAAAAUGGCUGAUGCAACAGAUGUAUUCGAUUUAGACGGGAAAAUGUGCAAGCUGUUGAUUUCAACCCGUUUGGAUAUGGAAACUGAUUUUGUGGCCGGAAGAAAAAAUAAGUCAGUGCUAUGGGGUCAGGUUUUAACAAAAAUAAAGGAGAAGUACCCGAGUUUCAACCUGACAAAAGAACAAAUCACCAGAAAAUUCCUAAAUUUGCGCACAACUUAUAAAAGAAUUAACGCAAGAAACAAAGAGUCUGGAAGAGACGCUACGUCUUGGACAUUUUUUGAUGAUUUUGAUGAAAUUUAUGUUCUGGUGAUGACUCUGGCUUCCUAA